CUUAAUUGAAGGAAGUUACCAGGAUUGGAAAUUCAGGAUUUUGGAAAAGGGCACUCCUUUUCUGGUCAAGGGCUGAUAGCAGAUUCUCGCAGUCAUCAGGGCAGAGCUGCAGGACAUGGAGUAAGCCCCUUUGAACUGGCCCCGCAGGAGGGGAGUCCUCUGGUAAACUGGCCUUGGGUGGAGGUUGCUUAUUGUUGUUCUCUUAAUGAUGUCCAAAAAUAGACAUUAUAACGCCUUAUCUGAGUUCCCUUGCCACUUUACAAUGUGGCUGUUUUCCUGAGCAUGUAAUCUCAUGUUAUUUUUCUUCAAGUGGCUAAAGUGGUGCCAUCUCCUGCCCUUUCACCCACUUCAUAAUUCCUCCAGCAUUAUUACCAGUACAGUUGUGCAGGGGCCAGACAAUGAACUGAGUCCCUGAAAUGGGUCAGAAUUAGACAAUGAAUAUUGGGAGGGUUUUGGAUAUAUUUGUAUCUAUGUAUAUGUGUAACUGAGACUGCUUCCAUGAUCUCAACUCGCACAGACAUCCAUAUGAUAACGAGGGAGUAGCGAACAGUGUGGGAGUCAAUGAGCAGCCAGGGAUGGGAACCAGUUAAGCCAGCCUUGCUGCCUAGGAAAGUGCUCCCAGCUGUGUUCCACUUCACCCAUUUUUAAUGCUUCUGUUCUCUCUGGGUGAUUGAACUCACUCUGUGUACCAGCACAAGUGAAUGAGGACACACAGACAUGAGCAGCCAGGUUCUAGGAGCCACCAGAACUGCUUGUUAAACUGUCUUAAAAUGUUGGGCUUUACACUGGAGCUUUGCCACUUCUUACAGGAACAGAAACUUCCAGCACUGAGGAAGGGUAUUUAGCUGGGAGGACUAACAAACUAAACCUGUGCAUCAAGGUUUGCCAGCUCACCUUUUACUGAAUAACUAAGACCCAAAGUGUUGUCAAGUCAAGAACCAGCUCAUAGAUUGGUAAGAUGAGCCUCUGUUGAACAGAACUGUUUGUACCAGCCUGCUACGCUCAAUUUCUUCAUUGUUACAGCCAAGGCUCUACUCUUUCUAUAGCCUCAUUUACUUAUCAAGGACAGAGCGUCUCUGAGAGGUUACCUAUUAAUGUGAAGUAUUCCCUUUCCAUGUUGUCAUCCCUGAAGUCAUGUGACACCUCCAAAGGUGAUAGUUUAAAACAUCUUAUUUGCUAUAAAAUUCAAGCUAACUUAAGUCCAUUUUCACUCACAUUUCUACGGUGGGGCAGUUACGAUAUAUGUAACUGCUUAUAUCCGUUUCAACAAUAAAAUCCUAAAUGUGAAUGUGACAGUGUUCCAUUAAAUGUUUCUCAACACAGCUGCUGCAACAUAAAAUAAAAACCACUAUUUUGUGGUGUUAACAGUAUUACAUGUAUAGCAGUUUGGAAAUAGUUACUGUGAAACAGAGGACAUUUUGCAGAAGAAAAGGAACAAGGAAAGUUUUCUGUCAUUCUCUUUUUUGGAACAUUUGGGUUGACAAACAGUUAAAUUUUAAUUUGUCUAGAAAACCAGAGAGCAGUUUUCUAUUCCAAUCCUUAGUCUAUUUCUGCCAGACGUGGGAAGGCCUGGAACAGGCAAAGCAGGAGCACAAAUCUUAAACUCCUACAUCUCAAGUGAGACUAUUUCAGAGUCAUUAUCUCACUUGUUCUUACUAGAAAUUCCAUCUGGAAACUGAGAAGUCUUUCCCAGUGAAACUUCCAACAAAAGUUGUGGGUUUUCCCCCUACCAAAAGAAACUUUUAAGUAAAAUUGCUAACCAGUUGGAAUUAAGAAUUUGAGUCUGUUCGAGUUAAUUAACAAGUUCCUCUUGUUGCUUCUUUAAAAAAGAAGAAAAAUGGGUAGGUUUUUAAUCUGAUGAUGGAAUAGUGACAUAAUUGUGAGCAAAAGUUAAUUAGAAUAUGCAUAUGAAAAAAAUACAAAUUAAUUUGCAACCAUCUUGCUGUUAGAAAUGUUGUUUUAAGGUUGUCAGAUCAACUCAAAAGCCCUUUUUUGCCUCGAUCUGUUUCUGAAGAGCACUAGGAGGACUGCCUGAAUUUAAUUUAAUCUUUAAGGUUUGGGGGUAUAUUAAAAUACUGCAUUAAUAAAAAACCUUUCAGAGUGGUCCCUCAUUAGUUUCUUUCUGUAGUUGCACCUGCAUUUCCUCCAAAGACCUUUAUAGGUAAGAGGAAAAAAAUUAUAAAUCCUACCAUACCAUAAAAAAGUGAUUUUUCAUUGAAGAAGAUACAUAUACUUGCAAGCUGCUUAGAGCAGGGUGCUGAUAACACCAAGGUGGCAGUUUGAUCUUCGUGUGAGCCAUUAAUUUAAGAGCUGGAUUUAAUGGCGUUUCCAACUCAGAGUAUUCUAUGAUUCUGUGAGAAGUUAGACCGUCGGGGGAGAUGCAGGGACAGACGCAUACAUAAAAACUAGUUAAUUCAUUUCCCAGGAAACAAAAGCUACAAGUAAUGUAAAGUCUGCUCUGUUUCUGCCGAAUACAAAUCUAUAAAACACAAGAGCAAGGAUGUCCCUAAGAAAGGGCACCUGCGGUGAUUUAGCUGUGUCGCGGGCGCAGCAGAGCUCCCCGUGCGCUGGGUCGGUGCCACCGCACCUGCGCUCGGCCAGGCCCCUGCUCCGCAGCGGGGCACACACCGCACACACCGAGGCUCAGCCCCGGCCCCAGCGGGGCUUCCGACCGCUCCGGGCGAGUCAGGCAGGCCCGGGGAGCGGAGGGGAGCGGCGGGAAGGAGCGCCCGACCCCGACAGUCACGGCCCCAGCGGGCGGCCCGGCCCCGUGUCAGGCUCGUCCCUUAGCGUCACCAUCGUCACCGCGCGUCACUUCCGCGCCCGGCGCCGCCCAGCCCGGAGCGCGGCGGCAGCGGGGGCUCUAUGGUGCGGCGGCGGCGGGGCGCAGGCCGGGGGGCGCCGGGCCGGCCCGCUCGCUGAGGGCAGCCGGACCCGCCUGCCGCGGGCUCGGGCGGCCCUGCCCUGCCCUGCCCUGCCCUGCCGGAGGGCGCCGGGAGCGGCAGCGAUGAGCGGCGCGGAGCAGCCGGAGGGGAAGGAGGCGGCGGCCGCGGGCAACUCCGGGCGCUCUCUAGGUCCCAGUGAUGCAUCUCCAGAUGAAGGAGUUGUAGAAGAUCUGCCUUUAAUAGAUGAGAAGGCUGUGGAGCAGCUAACUGAAGGAUUGAUUUCCCACUAUCUGCCUGAUCUUCAGCGAUCAAAAUCAGCUCUGCAGGAACUCACACAGAACCAAGUGGUACUGCUAGAAACAUUAGAACAAGAAAUUUCAAAAUUUAAAGAGUGUAACUCGAUUGUUGAUAUCAAUGCUUUGUUUUCAGAAGCUAAACACUAUCACAGCAAAUUAGUGAAUAUUAGAAAUGAAAUGAUGAUGCUGCAUGAGAAGACAUCAAAGUUAAAAAAAAGAGCACUUAAGCUGCAACAAAAGAGGCAGAAGGAAGAAUUGGAACGAGAGCAGCAACGUGAGAAGGAACUUGAACGAGAGAAACAGUUAACAGCAAAACCUGCAAAGAGAACCUGAAAGCAGAGCAUGCAACAACUUGUCUGAAUUAAUGAUUUCUACAUUCCCUGGAAUUAAGGCAGACUUUGCUUAAAUUGGGCUACAGCUGUUGCUAGCAACAGUCUACUCUAUAGUAUUAUAAAUUCCAGAAUGGUAAUAAUAGAAUUGGUAACAUUCAUGUUUUUUAAUUUCAGCCAUUCAAGUUGCCUUCUUUUGUAAUGCUAUGCAGUUUGAUAUUAUUAUACUGUAAGUUAAUUUUUAUAUAUAUAUGUAUAUAGUAGAACAAGGCAUCAUAGUUUUAAGUACCUAUUGAUUUUUGUUUUCUUCUGUUAUUUUGGCAUUUAGAAUUCUAAGGGAUUUGAUGAGUGGCAAGUGUUUUUCAGACAAAAUGCAGAAUACUUCUUAAAGUUCAUUUCUCAUCACCAGACUUCAGUGGCUGCAUUUUCACUGAAACUGCUUUGUUUCAUGCAGUUGGGAUCUGUCUUUGAUCAUAAAUACUGAUUCCUUGUGCAGCCUUAGUUUGAUCCAUCUGUAAGGAACUGAAGAAAAUAGCAGUGUAUUUGCUUAAAAGUUCACUUCAUUGCAGCAAUCUUUUUUUUUUGUCAUCAAGUAAUUUAAGAACUGCUUUAAAGUAACUUCUGAAUAAGUUCCCGGUGGAAAUGAUUGGCAGUGGAAAAGCAGAACACGAAAGAUUAUCAAAAUUGGUGUGUGCACAAUGCAAAGAUUAAUGAAUUCGUGCUUCCAGAAACGUUUAAGUUAAACUAGGAAACUUGCUCCUAUUAUGGUUUAUUAGGAAGACUUGUGUGGUCUAAGAAUAUUUUUGUGGGAUUAGAAGUUGUAAUUUCUUGAUCUUGUGUGACAAAAUAAAACAUAACCAAAACUAAAAUUUUCCACUUUAUGUGAAAUUCAGCCACCUGUAGGAAAACUACCAUGUUUAGUAUUUUUUUCCUUAACAAGUGAAUCAUUUGCACUUUGGGACUACAUAAGAGAUUUUUUGUUACACUGUCCUCACCCAGAUUGAUGAUUAUUAGUGUGUACUGAUAAGAAAUUUGGAAUGGAGGUUGAUAUCCAUUUCUCUGAAUGUAAUUCCUAUCUUACAGCACUUGGUGUGAACUCCCAUUCAAAUGAAUGUACAAGUUGUCUAGAGUGGUAAGAGCUUUAUUUGUUCCUACAGUCUAACAAACUAGUUAUUUUCUAACUGUAUUUCUUUUAAAGUAUAUCUGUGUUUCCUUUUAAGUAAUAAUGUAAAUGAUGUGUUUUGAAGUAAGAUAAAGGGUAAGCUGUGUAAAGUUUUCCAUAAAAUAUGUACAGGAAGGUAUCACAGGGGCACAGUCAAUUUUACUUUUCUUUCUGUUUUAGAUGACUCACACAGUGUAGACCUGCCUGGACUUUCUGUAUUGUAAUUUUCUGAACUCCUAAUUUUCUGUUCUUAAUAUUUGUCUUAAUUUUCUGUGAAAGAUGUACUCUAACAAGUACCCAGGCAUUAUGCAAGGUAAACUGGGAUAAUGUUUUGGGGCAAGGAGAACUACUUAAAGCAGUCUGAAGAGACACUGAAAUGCUUUUAGUGGAGCAGUAUUAGAUUAAAACUUUGCACAGGUAUUUUUCCCUGAAGUUGACUCAUGGCUAUUAAUUGCCAGUGGAUUGUUUGCCUCUGGUGUGGUUUGUAUGUAUUUCUAAGAGAAAUGUAAAGGAUUUCCACAGUCCAUUUUUUGGAGGAGAAUGUACAUAUCUAAAUGUUGUUCAAGUAUUUUAUUUUGUAAUGUAAUUUCACGAUUGGAUUCUGGGAAUUAAAACUGUUCUCAUUAAACUGUAACAUGAAACUAGAUGCCUUAGUAUCCAAAUCAGGAUUUAAUUCCUUUGAUAUUUCUUGAUUUGUAUGCACUCAUACAGAAUCCAGUUUACUGUGUCAAGUCAUAUUCUCUCUGUCAAGAACUGUGGUUUUUUUUCAAGGAACUGUGGUUUUGUGGGAUUUUGUUUCAUUUUAAGAAAAUAAUGGUUAUUUUAACUAAAACUAGAGAAUUCUAUAAUUGAAAUUGGUACUUUUGAAAUUUGGUACAUUUCAGGAUGGGGAAUAAUUUCCAAUCAAAGGAAUAAAAGCUCACAGUGCUUAUCUGAGGAAUACAUAAAAAUGUAAUUGAUUAACUUUUCCUAUAAAAGCAUGGUAAGAUCUGGGUUUUCUAUGAAUAAGGACCUAAUUUUGCUGAAUUACUUUUCUGUAAUAAAGGGGGAAAAUUAAUAAAAAUAUAUAUGAUGAA